AUGUUCGUUUGUGCACCACAUAUUGGAAAAAAAAAAUUUCUUAAACUAUUUUCACCUGUUUUAUUGUUUUACAACAUUAAAGGUGCAGGGGAUGAUUCAGCAGCAGAAAGUGAAUAUGCAAGUGGUUUCUGCAUUGAAAGAAAGAUUGAUUUAACAAGUCACAUCAAAUGGUGGGGAUCUAAUAAGACUCGACAUUCUGACGCUGGGACAAGAUCAUCAGAAGAAAAAAAACUUGGUUCUGCUGGUGAUAUUUGCAGUGAACUAAAACAAUUGGAACAAAAAGUUCAACCAACAGAACCUUAUCAGAUGCCUCAGUUAGCCAGGCCGCACAAUGAGAAAAAGCAUAGAUGUUCUUCAGUCUCUGCCUUAAGUAUCCUUUCACAAUCUGCUGCUUACAAAAGCUUGCAAGAGAAAGCGUCAAAGAGACAGGAAACUAGUAUUGAUAAUGAUGAGAAUGAAAACAAAAAUGCAGUUAACAAGUUGGAUCAUGGAAAAGCAGUUGAGAAACCGAUAAAUCAAGAUGGAGGAAAUGAUCAGCUCGAUGUUGCAAUGGGAAUGAGUGCGACAAUGCCUCUUCAAAGAAAUGUCUACCCUUUGACACCAUUCUUGUCUGCUCCACUUUUGACAGCCUACAAUACUGUUGAUCCAAUGGUGGAUCCUGUUCUCUGGACGUCGCUUGUUCCCAUACUUCCUGCUAACCUUUCUCGUACAGCUGAGGUUGGUAUAAUGACCAAGUUGGCAGAAGUUGUAAUUUUCUACAUUGUUACUAUUUCGAGCCCUCUCUUACUUCCUGGAGAUUUGCUACUCGAAGCAAUUGAUUGUAUAUGGUAUGGUAAGAUAAAAAUUGCUUGUCACUUUCUUGUAAACUCACCUUACCAAGAACACUUGGUUUUGAUGUGCAGGUUACAAAGACAGAGACCAGUUCAACGUACACAAUGUUUCAGCCAGAGGAAUGACUGGACAUUUGAAUUUCUAAUUGUAAAAAUGGCCCAAAGGCAAGCACCUGAAAGCUGA